AUGGUUGCAGGUGAAUUAGUAAUGGAAGACGAGGAUAUUAUUGCAUUAAUUCAACCAACAGAAAUAGAUGAACAACAGGAUGAAACCUUUAUUCCAGAAAUUUCUAUUACAGAUACCAUAAUGAAAUUUAUUAAAUUUUUAUGCACUCGUACUCUUAGAAAAAAAUUAUUAAGUCACGAUCUUUAG